AUGGGCUUUGAUCUUUUCUCUUUCAUAUUCAUAAUAUUUUCAUGGGCAUCAUUGCUCUCAAUGAAAGCUGAAGCUGAAGCUGAAGCUGAAGGGAUUAAAUCAGCUCGCCUUCUUGAUCUUCUCAUUAGGGACUACACUGUGAAGUCUCUUGACAGGGACUUGAGAACAGGUAUUGUACACACUGUAACUUUACCUGCAAAUUUCUCUGGCAUCAAAGUGGAUACAGUAAGGUUCAGAUGUGGAAGUCUUCACAGAUAUGGUGCUCAGGUUAAGGAAUUUCAUCUGGGAAGUGGUGUGAUUGUGCAGCCUUGUGCAGAGAGAGUGAUGGUAGUAAGACAAAACUUGGGUUAUAAUUGGUCAUCCAUCUAUUAUGCUAACUAUGAUCUAUCAGGUUACCAGCUGGUGUCACCUAUACUAGGCCUCCUCGCUUAUAAUGCUGACAGUGAUCUGAGUUAUGGUAGCCCUUUUGAGCUUGGGAUUCUUGCCAGGGAAAAACCAAUUAAAAUAGAUUUCAGCAACAUUACAAAGGCAUCCAACAAGACAGGAAACUGGCCAUUAUGCGCUAGUUUUGAAGGAAAUGGCAGAGUAACAUUGAAGAAGCAAGUAUCACCCAAUGUUUGUGUUGCAACCAAGCAUGGCCAUUUCGGUUUGGUAAUGGAAUCACCACCACCAUCGUUGCCAGUGAGGAAGAAGAUCAGCAGAUGGAAACUGGUGGUGGGAAGCUCGGUGGGAGCUGCUUUGGGUGCUUUCCUCUUAGGGUUGCUUUUAGUGGCAAUGUUUGUUAAAGUGAAGAAGAAAGCAAGAAUGGAGGAAUUGGUGAGAAGAGCGUAUGAAGAGGAAGCUCUUCAAGUUUCCAUGGUUGGACAUGUAAGGGCUCGAACAACACCUACAAUCUAACAUGAUCUUUGAGUAUCUACGAUCAUUCUUUUGGAAAGGUUUAGUGAUGAAUUUGGGUGUUCUCGAGCUCUUGCAAGACGAGCAUAAGCUAAAGGGUGCUGAAGCUUGUGCUUGGGAAUAAUGCUUAAGUCGGUCUCAAAGCUUUGAAAUAGAGAAAUCAAGGAAUAAAGUUGAAAAUAAUGAAUAAGAUAUGAAGAUAAGACAUGUGAAGGUGGAGAUGAAAGACCCCCGUGACCUAAUGAUGACCUAAAAAAAGCUUGGACAUCAUUUUCUUUGCUAGAUAUGUAAAAGUAAAAGCUAACUUGUUUGGCUUGAUGGUAUUCUCCGAGGGACUAGGCUCUAUCAAGUGUGUGGGAGCUAAAGAAAUAAGAGUGAAUAAGGUGAAAGGUUUGCUACUAACAAGUAGGCGUUUACUGCUAAGAAGCGGAAAUUGUCGAGGAAGAGAAGUUUGCUGUUGAAAAUCAGUUGUUGAGGAGUUUAUUAGAUGACUGAGAUUUUUCUUAGAUAUUCUAAAAGUGUAUGUCAAUCUUUUUGAUAUUUUAGCUUGACAGAGCAAUUAUAAGUAGUUAAGCAUGAUACACCUAAUGUGUCAGUUUGUAUUUGGUUAGGUGAUACAAUCUUUUUGAUGUAAUACUUGCUGAAGUUUUAGGGUAUGAUUAACCACUGCAACAGCAGUAGUCUUUUGUAUAUUAUGCACCAAAAUCUUUUCCGGUUUUGUUUUUUUUUCCAACUCUCUUUUAUUCUGUUCCAUAACUUAACUUGGUAUUAGAGCUUAAAAAAAUUAACCUUGAGGGAUUGUGUGUGAGCUGAAAAAUUAGAAAAAAAAUCUUCUUCUUCUACACAAAAAAACUUCUUAGAACCUGAUAUGACUUCCAGCAACUUUGCACCCCCAAAUCCUCAUAUAUUCACAAGAGAAAACUACCCUAUUUGGACAGUGAAGAUAAAGGCAUACCUGAGGGCUUUUGACCUGGGGGAUGCUGUAGAAACAAGUAGAGAUGUGCCUCCCUUGAGAGCAAAUCCAACUAUUUCUCAAAUCAAGCAACAUAAUAAGGAGGUAACUAAGAAAUACAAGGCUCUCUCUUGCAUUCACUCUGCUAUAACAGAUGUGAUUUUCACAAGGAUAAUGACCUGUGAAACUGCAAAUGAAGCAUAGGACAAGCUCAAGGAAGAGUUCCAAGGAAGUGACGGAACAAGGCAGAUUCAAGUGCUGAAUUUGUGGAAAGAGUUCGAGGUUCUAAAGAUGAAAGAGUCAGAGACUGUUAAGGAGAAUUCUGAUAGGCUUAUGAAUGUCGUAAACCAAAUUAGGUUUAUACGGGGAAGAGUUGUUGGACAAGAGGAUAGUUGAAAAGGUGCUGGUCAGUGUUCCAGAGAGGUUUGAGUAAAAAAUUUCAUCUCUAGAAGACUCAAAAGACA